AGCUGGACAAGAAAAAACUUGCUGCGAGAGAAACAUGGCAAGAGGAGCUCGAAGCUUGAGAAAAAUCGCAUCGUGUGUGAAGCCGUUGCCGUCCUUGUCCAGCCGGGACGUUCGCUCCAGGAGCAGUGUCAGACAGCUACCAUCAUAUGGCAUCCUGACGACACAUCUGCCCCCUUUGCUGGGCGCCACCCUGCCCGGCCGCAGCAUUGUCUUUCCUGCCCGCUCCUUCUUCAACAUUGCCAACACCUUCUCCAAGAGAAGGGAAUACGCUGAGAGACGCGUCAUUGGUUAUUCCAUGCAACAGAUGUAUGACGUGGUGGCCGGUGUGGAGGACUACCGCCUCUUUGUUCCUUGGUGCAAGAAGUCUGACGUCAUCUUCAAGCGGACCGGAUACUGCAAGGCCAAACUCACUGUGGGCUUCCCACCAGUGACUGAAAACUACACCUCGCUUGUCACCACAGUGCGUCCCCAUCUGGUCAAGGCAUCCUGCUCGGACGGCAAACUGUUCAACCACCUGGAGACUAUUUGGCGCUUCAGUCCCGGCCUGCCUGGCUACCCACGGACCUGCACUGUGGACUUUGAUAUCUCCUUCGAGUUCCGCUCGCUCAUCCACUCGCAGCUGGCGCACGUGUUCUUCGACGAGGUGGUGAAGCAGAUGGUCUCUGCGUUCGAGCGCCGCGCCACCGCCGUCCACGGCCCCGAGACUCCGAUCCCGCGCGAGCUCAUGUUCCACGAGGUGCACCACACGUAGCGACGCUACGUCAGAGUGCAAACAAAAAGAAAAAUGUUCAACCUGACAACGCCAGUGCCUUUCUCGCUCCAUUCUUUUUUUUCUUCCUUUGUGUUAAUGUUACCAAUGAAGUUGCCAUUAGAUUUCAGUGCAGAUUUAUUACUGGAAUAAGCAAGUUUAGCAUUGUAACGUUGUGUGUCAGCUUGUCGAUUCCGUUGUUUUGUUCCCUGUCUGACCUCCUUGCGUCACCAGCAUCUCGUUACAAGUUUCUCCUACAGGAGGUCAAAGGUUAGUGUCGGGGCAACAAAGCUUUUGUUGGCAACAGAGGAGACCACCCAGUAAUAUGCCAUCUCCCCCAGACCCCAUGCUCUGAUUAAUUCAAUGACUCUAACGGCAGCAACGUGCAACGGGUGGGCAACCUUUUUCCUUUCGCGGCCAUUUCACUUGGUAGUCCCUCGGUGACAAAUAAGGUGUUAAUGAUUAUUUAGUGUUCUUUGGAGGCCUUUUGUAACUGUUCCUUUCUUUCGGGAGAAAGCACAAUUUCAGUUGAUUUUGUUUGCCGUUCUUGUUUUUCGGCCAAAUGAAUAUAUUUGAAGGCUUCACCAUACUUUAAAAAUAAAACCUCCUGCAGAAAAUUCCCAAAAUUUCAAAGUUUUUGAAAACUCCGCCCCCAAAACCAUCUUCACUCACCAACGUGACAUUUGGUAAUCAGAUCUAUCAUGUCGAAGGUGAAUCCCAUCAUAUUUGUGCUUCGCAUUCGCUAAGUCAUGGUAUUUCUCCUCCCCCCCCCCCCUCAUUCCUGUUAUUUGCUGAGAAACCUUAUUUGCUGUUUUUGCACUCUGGCCAAAGCAAUAAUAGUAUGGCUUCGGUGCCAUUUUGUGCCAAGGAACUAAGUUGAAGUGAGUUGAGGAGCUUUGUUUAGACAAAAGAAGUGCUUUGCUGCCGUGUGACAACUUAGUACCAAGGAAAAUUGUUGGAGUUCAGGAGGUUGACUUAGAAGUAGUACUUUGUCAUUGCAAUGGUAACCAUUUUAGGGGUGGUAGUGGGGGGUCAACUAUGUGUGGAUUUUCGUUAUCAGGGGGAACAUUGCAGAGGAGACCCCCAAAAAAUGUCAGGAAGCCAUGCCCCAAAAGAUAUAGGGGGGAGUCCUUUUUGGUUUGAAAUGCCCAUUUUAUGAUUAUUUUGGCCAUUUCCAGCCAUCUGGGGGGGAAAAAAAAUUGCUACCAGAUUUGUGAAGCAUUUUUUUUUCUUGUGUGUGGGUGCAGCACGGUGACAAAGUCUGAUGACGUACCAUGAGCUUGACCAAAUGUCUUAUGCCCCGCCCUGAAGAGUUGCAUGUUAGCAGAAAUGUAAACGUUCAGUGCCUCCUCUCCAGAUGCUUUGUAUACUUGUAUUGAGUUCACCAUGUGGCACACCAAUUAACUUUCACACGCCCCCAGCAGGAGUCUGUCUAAUGGGCCACAUAAGGUCCGCAGGCUCCAGGUUGCUCACCCAGUGUGCUGCAAGUCAUGUUUUAGUCAGACAGGAAAUGUCAGAAGGGUGCUCAAGCUUUGUUAUCCUCUCACUGUAUUCAUUUGUUCACACUGUUACCUAAAUUGUGAGUAAAAUUAUAAAGCUAGCUCCAUGCUGGACACGAGGUGCAUCAUUGUACAGCAUACAGUAUUAUUUGUGCAAUAUCAGGAAGCCUUUAUUUUAUUGUAUUUUUCUAAGUAACAUAGCAAAGCAAGCCAGUACAUUUGCCCGCUCGCAUAUUUAUCUUUCUUGGUAAAACCUCAUGUAUUUAUUGAAGUGUAAAUAAUAUCACAUUGGGGUUUUAAAGAGGAAAAGUGUAUGUGUGUGUGUCUUUUUUUU